AUGUCUAAUUUGGAGGACAGUGAAGAAAAUUGGAUGGCUAAAAUGGACAGUCUUUGUUCGAACUUAAAUGUUGAUCCUGUCGCAGCAAAAAAAUCUAAGGAGUCCUUUUUAGAGAUAAAAAGGAAUUAUUCUUUAGAUGGUGAUAUGUUACACUGGAUGGCAUGUGCCCUUUAUGUGGCAUGCCGCACAUCUAUCACACCUACUGUCCAGACAGGAAAAGCAGUAGAAGGAAACUGUGUGAGCCUCACAAGACUUCUAAGACUUUGCAACAUAAGCCUUAUACAAUUUUUUACAAAAAUCAAAAACUGGAUGGAGAUGGCUGCAAUGUCUACUGAGUUUAAAGAUAGAAUAUCUCAUUUGCAACACAAAUUUGCUGUGUCUACUGUGCUCUUCAGAAAGUUCCAACCUAUUUUUCAGGAGAUUUUCUUAAAUUUAACUAAUGAGCCUUUAAAAUCAAGUGCUAAGAGAAGGCCAAAAUUACAACCAUGCUCAACAAAUGCUCUUUUUGAGUUUACCUGGUGUCUGUACAUAUGUGUGAAGGGAGAAUUUCACCGAUCUGCCCAUGAUUUGGUUGAUAUGUAUCAUUUGCUAUUGGCCUGCUUGGAUUUUGUGUUUGCUAAUGCCUUUAUGGCCAGAAGGAUUGACUUGAUAGAUCCUGCAUUUAAAGGUUUACCAUCUAAUUGGCUACAAGAUGAUUUCAAGGUACCAGCAAAUCCACCGUGCAUUAUAUCAGCAUUAUGUGAACUGAAUGAUGGUCUACUAGUAGAUGCUUCAGCUACCAAAGAGUACAGUUGGAAACCUGUUAUUAAAAGUUUUUUCGAAAAAUCACUCCUAAAAGGUGACAUGGAAAACUUAAGUGGAGUUCUUGACAUUGGUUAUUUUGAUUCAAAUCUCAAAUCAUUAAACAAUCAAUAUGAAACAUAUGUCUUAAGCGUUGGUGAAUUUGAUGAAAGAAUAUUUUUAGGUGAACAUGCUAAUGAACAAAUUGGUACUAGAAAUAAAGAAAUAUCGGAAGUUAUUGCUACUUUUGGACCAAAUAAUCGAGCAGUUCAUCAGACUCCUUUAACUGGACGGCGGUACUUGGAAUCACAAGGAGAAGAACUCACGCCGGUUUCAGAAGCGAAAAACAGUCUCGCACGUCUCGCAGCGUACCUGCGGCAGGCCGCCCCGCAGCCCUCCAGGGAACUCAUCAAAUUAUUCACAGAAUGCAAUGUCAGUAAGGAGACAAUAAACACCAACCUUAUACAGCCGUGUAAUAAUUGGAAGGAACAGUUUGCCAACAGUCUGAGGGAAACCAACACUAGUUAUAGCAAUGAAACAAUCAUGUUUCGGUGUAAUAUGAUCACCUGCUUAUAUUACAAAGUGUUUGAACAUAUAAUUAGGGAGGAACAUAGGAAAAAGCCACAAGUCUCUUUACAGAUGCUUCUUACGCAAGAAACAUAUCAGCUGACGGUAUAUGCGUGCUGUACAGAGAUCGUUAUACACGCUUACGGCGUACACUCGCUGAAGUUUCCACGAGUACUGCAGAUAUAUGGACUCAGCGCCUUUCACUUUUACAAGAUUAUUGAGUUAGUUGUGCAGGCAGUUGUGGAAAAACUCACCAGAGAUGUUAUCAAACAUCUUAAUGCCGUAGAAGAAGAAGUUCUUGAAUCAUUGGUUUGGACAUCAGACAGUCCAUUAUGGGAACAAUUAAGUCGGACUUCGGUACCAGCAUCGAUUGACGUAAGAGUUCACGACUCGCCCCAUCGUAGAAAUAAUGGACUUCAGUCACCAGUGUCUGCAGUUAUUGAUCGAUAUUUCUCGCCAGACCAGGCUAAAAAACAACUAUUUAAAGAUCCAAUCAAACCAGGCCAGUCAUUAUUGGUUGCCACAAACAAUGUGCAAGUGAAACAAGAAGCAAAUGUAUUACUACCACCACAGAAUCCUUCUAACAGUGACAAUAGUACGACGCCGAAAAAAACGAAUAACUCAUUAAUAUUAUUUUUCAGAAAGUUCUACAGUUUGGCAGUGGUUCGCAUCAAUGAUCUCUGUACGAGACUAGGUCUGUCCGAUGAGGAGUUAAAACGAAAGAUAUGGACGUGUCUUGAGUACUCAAUAAUGGAACAAACACAAUUAAUGAAGGAUAGACAUCUAGACCAACUACUUAUGUGUGCUGUAUAUGUUAUAUGCAAAGUAUCAAAUAAUUCAACAAAUCAAGUAGAAAAAUCUUUUGCAGACAUCAUGAAAUGUUACCGACAAAGGCCUUUAGCAGAUAAUCAUGUCUACAGAUCUGUACUUAUUAGGCAAAGUGAAGGAGACAGCUCGCCAGAGAGAGGUGACUUAAUACAUUUCUACAACAAAGUGUACGUACAAUGUAUGCAGACCUUUGCGUUACGUUUCACGGGGAGACAUAAAGAUGAGUGCAGCCUGUCGCCGCUGCCGGCGGGGCGCGGCGACGCGGCCUACUCGCCCGCCGGCCAGCGCGUGUCGGAGCGCCACCAGCUCUACGUCAAGCCGCUCACCACGCCGCCGCCCGCCAACCUGCACCUCACCUACAGGUUUAGCCGCAGCCCCGCCAAGGACUUGCACGCCAUAAACACGAUGGUGUCGUGCGAGGUGGGCGGGCUCAAGCGCAGCCUGGUGGCGAGCGCGGUGGGCGAGGGCGCGCUGGCCGCGGCCGACGUGGUCAAGCGCGCGCGGUACGCCACGGCCGGCGUCGCGCGGAAGCUGCACGGCCUCAUGACCGACCGCCAGGCGCAGGACCGCCACCAGCCCCGAGAUUAA